GCAAGUUAAAUCCAACUGCUUAAGCUUUCUCCCUCGGAGGCUCCCAUCUUCAUUUCUCUCUAUCUCUCUGCAGUCUCCGGCGGAUUCUUCUCCGAGAAUCUCUGCACCUCCUUUUUGUCUCUCCGGCGGAUUCUUCUUCCCGAACCGCCCAUACAGCUGCCUAUAUACUUAGCUUGCUCAGAAAGUUUCCUAGGCGGCGGCGGCUGUCUGUAGGAACCAAAGCGCUUGACAGAUGCAGUCAAUCGCGGUCUCGGUUCGUCUUAGCUGUCGAGUGUGAUGACUGCACUCUUCAGUCAAUGGCCGUCUACGUGCUCCAUUUGAGUCUGCUGUCGUUGGUGCUGCUGCUCGCAAACCCUAGUGGCGGUAGCGGCGAGAAGGGCUCUCUUUUUGCUGCUCCGGUUGAGGAAUUCGACUCAGAUUCUGGCUCCGAUUUGUAUCUCUUCCACCAGGACUACUCCCCACCUGCCCCGCCUCCUCCACCUCCCCACCCGCCGUCUGUUUCCUGUGAGGCUGAUCUGGGGGGCGUGGGCUCGUUGGAUACCACUUGUAAGAUAGUGUCUGAUUUGAAUAUUACAAAGAGUGUGUAUAUAGAAGGGAAGGGCGACUUUUCCAUCCUUUCUGGUGUCACAGUCAAUUGCACCUUUGCGGGCUGUGAAAUUGUGAUUAAUGUAACUGGGAGUUUUAACAUUGGUGAGAAUUCCACUAUACUUGCCGGAACAUUUCAGCUUGUUGCUAACAAUGCUACUUUUGGAAAUGGGUCUGCUGUAAACACUACUGGGUUAGCCGGUUCGGCUCCCGAACAGACAAGUGGGACCCCUCAAGGUUUGGAUGGUGGAGGGGGAGGUUAUGGAGGGAGAGGUGCAUGCUGCCUGACGGACACAACAAAACUGCAGGAGGAUGUCUGGGGUGGGGAUGCGUAUGGGUGGUCAACGAUGCAGGUGCCAUAUAGUUAUGGAAGUAAAGGUGGAACAAGCAGCAGAGAUCUGGACUAUGGUGGAGGAGGGGGUGGAAGGAUAAUGUUGCUGGUGGACAGAUUAUUGGAAGUGAAUGGCAUGUUGUUGGCUGAUGGUGGGGAUGGAGGUACCAAAGGCGGAGGUGGGUCUGGAGGCAGCAUCUACAUCACAGCUUAUAGGAUGACUGGAACUGGUGAAAUAAGCGCCUGCGGUGGUGAUGGUUUUGCAGGUGGUGGUGGUGGAAGAGUUUCUGUGGAUAUUUUUAGCAGACAUGAAGAUCCAAAAAUCUUUGUGUAUGGUGGAAGUAGCCGUGGCUGCUCUGAAAAUGCUGGUGCUGCGGGAACCUUUUAUGAUAAUGUUCCACGGACUCUUACCGUAAACAACAACAACAAAUCAACAGAUACAGACACACUUCUCAUGGAUUUUCCUCAGCCACUUUGGACUAAUGUUUAUAUUGGUAACCAUGCAAAGGUUACUCUUCCUUUGUUAUGGAGUCGUGUUCAGGUCCAGGGUCAAAUUAGCCUCUUGUACUAUGCAUCAUUGAGCUUUGGGCUUGCAAAGUAUUCAAUGUCAGAGUUUGAACUGUUGGCAGAAGAACUGUUGAUGAGCGACUCUGUUAUUAAGGUUUAUGGAGCUUUACGCAUGUCAGUUAAGAUGUUUCUGAUGUGGAAUUCACAAGUGCUUAUUGAUGGCGGUGGAGAUGCCAAUGUUGAAACAUCAAUGCUCGAGGCUAGUAACCUAGUUGUUCUUAAGGAAUCAUCCUUAAUUCAUUCUAAUGCAAAUCUUGGUGUUCAUGGGCAAGGUUUACUGAAUCUAUCUGGAGCUGGGGAUUGUAUCGAAGCUAACCACUUGGUCUUAUCAUUGUUUUACAGCAUUCAUGUUGGACCAGAAUCAGUAUUGAGGGGCCCCUUACGAAAUGCCACAGCUAAUGCUUUGGCACCAAAGUUGAACUGCAAUACUGAUGAUUGCCCUGUUGAAUUGCUUCACCCCCCUGAAGACUGCAAUGUCAACUCUUCACUGUCCUUCACUUUGCAGGUCUGCCGAGUUGAGGAUAUCCUUGUUGAAGGGCUGAUAGAAGGAUCUGUGCUUCAUUUUCAUAGAGCAAGAACCGUCACUGUGAAGGCUAAUGGGAAUAUUAGCACAUCCGGAAUGGGCUGUGCUGGUGGCUUGGGACAGGGACAAGUCCUAAGCAACGGUCUUUCUGGUGGUGCUGGUCAUGGUGGCAGAGGUGGUAAUAGAUGCUUCAAUGGCAGCUGUGCAGAGGGAGGGAUAUCAUAUGGGAACCCAUAUUUGCCAUGUGAACUUGGUAGUGGAAGUGGAAAUGGCAGCUUAGUUGGGUCAACUUUUGGUGGUGGUAUUUUGGAAAGUCUGAAAACUGUCGAUUCCUGAUUGUCUCAUUUCUUUAAAAUGAGAAUUUGAACUAUUCACUCCCGGAAAUUGGAGGUGCACGAACCUGGGAAUUCUGUGGA